AGGAAACGGCCGCCCGGCCGCCGGCCCACGUGACGAGGGGGAGAAGCCGAACGAGGGAUGCUGAGGAAAGGGCCGGGCGAAGGGAAGGAGGAAGGGAGCUGAUCACCUGCCGCCCCGCUCUGCGUCACAGACUCCCCUCCUGCCUGUGCUUUGGACUGGCCUUUCUCUUGACUAUAAUUUGCUUUUUUGAAAACAGCAGCCUUUCACAAAAGAUACGGGUGUUCUAUACCCUCCAACGUGUCUCCGAUGAAAACAGGGACACCCUGUUCCACAACAACAACAAAAAGUAAUAAUUAUGAUAGUAAUAAUGCUUAUUUUUAUAUCCUGCCCAUCAGGCUUUCUCAAUAGAUGGGACCAUCAUGCAUUUUCCGUGUACGCUGAAGACGUUGUGCCUUUUCACCCUGAUCUUUGACAAUGGAUACAUAUAUAGGGUUCAACUUAUUCUCUUGACCAUAAUUUGCUUAAAACUGCUUUAUAAAGGUAAAGGGACCCCUGACCAUUAGGUCCAGUCGUGACCAACUCUGGGGUUGCGGCGCUCAUCUCGCUUUAUUGGCCGAGGGAGCUGGUGUACAGCUUCUGGGUCAUGUGGCCAGCAUGACUAAGCCGCUUCUGGCAAACCAGAGCAGCACAUGGAAACACCGUUUACCUUCCCACUGGAGUGGUACCUAUUUAUCUACUUGCACUUUGACGUUCUUUCGAACUGCUAGGUUGGCAGGAGCAGGGACCGAGCAACGGGAGCUCACCCCGUUGCGGGAUUCAAACCGCCGACCUUCUGAUCGGCAAGUCCUAGGCUCUGUGGUUUAACCCACAGCACCACCCGCGUCCCAUAAACUGCUUUAUACUGUGUUUUAAAAUUGCUGUAACCCACCCUGGGGUCUUGGUAAAGAAUGCGGAAGAAAAUGAAAUAAUACAUACCCUUCAACAUUUCUCCAAUGAAAGUGGGGUUUCCUCGUCUGUUGUUGUUGUUGUUGUAGUAGUAUUUAUACCCCACCGAUCUGACUUGGUGGCCCCAGCCACUUUGGAUGGCUUCCAACACAUAUAAAAACAUUAAACAUAUAAACAUAUAAAACAUUAAGCGUUAAAAAAACUCCCCUAUACAGGGCUGCCGUCAGAUGUCUUCUAAAGGUUGUAGUUACGUAUCUCCUUGGCUCAGUGGUGACACACAAUUCCAUAUCCUUCAACAUUUCUCCGAUGAUAAUAGGUCAUCCUAAAGAAAAGUGGGACAUUCCAGGUUCAAAUCAGAAACCAGGAUGGCUUCUGUAAUCUGGGACUGUCCCUGGAAAAUAGGGACACUUGAAGGUUCUGGUGCUCCCGACCUUGUAAUUCAAACAUAAAGUGAAGCUUAAAGACCAAUAUCAACAGUGCUAUCAGGAGACGUUUUCCCUCCCUAAUUAUAUCACAACCACAAUCCAUUUGUUGCAGGAUUAAAAUCUUAAAGAGUUGUACCCAACGAAGACCUACCCAAGGUAGUCCCACUGAAAUUAACGGAUUUCAGUUAGUCAUGCAUGUUAAUUUAAGUGGGUUUACUGAACGGAACUAAGCUCAGAUAUAAUGUAGAGGGAUUUAUUACAGAGAAAAUGGAUUGGCAGAUUGCAAUCCCACUAGAGGGAGCUAAAUUGAAAGAAGAUGAGGAAGAAAUGGAAUACUUGUCUGAGAUGUGCUGUUUGUGUGCUGAGCUUGAGAAGCCUCAUUCAAAGGCUGAUGCCUAAACCCAUUUGCCCAACUGCAUGGUAUAAGUUGUAUUUCCAACUGGCUAAAUAAAUAGAAUCACAGCCCAGCUUCUUCCUGAGCCUUUAACAGAGGUUUGAUAAUGCAGAAGUGAAUGGGUAAUACUUUAAAUGGCAUAGAGCCAAAGGCAAUUGCCAGUUCAUUUUUCAAAUCAAAUUGCUGUUGCAGCUACAGAUUCCAAGUUCAGAAGCUGGCAGCCCUAGACUGCACAUGGAACAAAAGUGGAUCUUGGUAAGUUCAGUAGGAUGGUGUUGUCUUGAAACACCACCAGAAGCGAGCCAAUAGAAUGCAGUUUCCCCACUCUGUCUCCCCUCUGCCAGCCCUUCAAGGCCCACAAUAAGGUUUCCUGGGUGAUAUAGGCUCUGGAUCUAAAACCAUCACAGCCAUCUUCCCACAUCAACUUCAGAAGAUGACGACAAAAAUGCAUUUUUAUUUCAAUAUGGUCCAUUGCUAAUCGGCACAAUGUUUGUUUUUCAUACACACCCUCCCCUCCCCCUGUGCCUGUUGGGUGAGGAAAGUGCCACACUUUAAUGACAUUAGGGCAAGGAGUAAGUUGAACUGAAUAUAACGGGGAGAAAGGAGAACGCGUGUAGGCACGGUGUAGGAAUUUCCAGUAGCGAGCCCUGGUUGUUAACUUUAUAACCACCCCUAUACCAACAGGUCCUAUGACAGGUUACAACAGUUUAACUUGGCCAGAUGGGCAGGAUAUAAUUAAUUAAUAAAUAAUAAUAAUAAUAAUUGUUGUUGCUAUCGUUAUUGUUAUUAUUAAAAUUCAGUACUAAAAACAGUUAAAACAAAUUGCAGCCAUGGGAAUAGGAUGAGUCCUGAAAACAGGUCUCAGGUGCCAAAGUGAAGGUACAAGAUACAUCUUUGUAGGGAGGGAAUUCCACAAUUUAGGGCCGUCUGGCCUGUUUCAGAGUCUAACUCAGGGGUCAGCAAACUUUUUCAGCAGGGGGCCAGUCCAUUGUCCCUCAGACCUUGUGGGGGGCCAGACUAUAUUUUGAAAAAAAUAAUGAAUGAAUUCCUAUACCCCACAAAUAACCCAGAGAUGCAUUUUAAAUAAAAGCAUACAUUCUACUCAGGUAAAAACACCAGGCAGGCCCCACAAAUAACCCAGAGAUGCAUUUUAAAUGAAAGGACACAUUCUACUCAUGUAAAAACACGCUGUUUCCUGGACCAUCCACAGGCCAGAAUGAGAAGGCGAUUGGGCUGGAUCUAGCCCCCGGGCCUUAGUUUGCCUACCCAUGGUCUAACUCUUCUUCUUUGGAAAUGAUUGAUAAUAAUGAAUCUGGUGUAGACAUUGUGUUUGCCUGAGCUAGCUUCCUUCUAUAUAAACACACACACACAAACACUUCAGGCAAAUUCAUCUUGGCCCAUAGCACCUUUCGGAUACCCUCCUCCUUGUUUACUUCUGCCUUUUCGGUGCUCCUCUCCAUGUCUUGUUUUGUUUUUAAAAAGCGUUGAAACGCUGCAAAGAAGGCUUGACUGUUUCUUUUACCAAGGAAUAGAUUAGCACCUCCCCAAGAAUGUCAAAAGCUCACAAUAGCCAUAUUCAAAACCCAGGACCAGAUGUCCUCAAACGCAUACUCUUAAGUCAUAGUAGUCAAAGAAUAAACAAACAUCUGUGACUGACGUAGCUGCCUCAAGUAGGCUAAUACCUCCGUCGGGGUAAUUCAUUUUGGAGGAGCAGACUAAGAAGCAGCAGAAUCAAAAUGAAGACAGCUUUUGUUAUUGUUUUGACCCUUCUAACCAUUUUUGUAGGUAGGUAUUAUUAGCAAUGGGGGGUGGAAGGGAAUAUGUACUAUUCUGUCGGGAGCUCUAGACAGCAGACUGGCUUGUUGUAUUUUGCUACUGAAAUUUUCUCCACGAUUCUGGCUGAACUUCCUACUGUGGUGUUACACUGCAGCCUUUUAAUUUUGACAGCUUGACAACCAGGCUAGUGUGGAAGAUAAUCUAUAGAGAUCAAUAUCAGCCCUAUUCCUGCGCAUGUUUACUUAGCAGUAAGCCCCGCUGAAUUCAACGGAGCUUAUUUUCCCAGCAAGUGUUCUUAGGAUUGCAGUCUGAAAGAGAUCCAUCCUGUGGAUAUUAGAGUCACAGAUCAGUAAACAAACUGCUAGCUGCUGUUCUCUUGAACACACUUCCUACUAGGGUUUACGUACUUGUUCUGGGUAAAUAUGCUUAAGAUCUCACUGUGCUGCUACAAUCCUAUGCAUCCUUACCUGGGAGCAAUUGCCUUUGAAUUCAAUGCACUUAACUUCCACAAAACGUUGCACAGGGUCCUUUAAAGUUGUAAACCUGUUUUUUUUUAAUUGCCAGUAUUUUACUGCAGCUCUUGCUGAGUGAUCCAUGCUGUUUCUUUGCCUAGAUAAGGCUCUCAGACCAAUCAAUCAAUCAAUCAAUCAAUAAAAUAAAUGCCUUUAUCUUGCAUAGCAGCCCUUUAGAUGAUGAAGUGCAAUAUUAACCAGGAUGGUUCUCCUGCACAAACUGUGUUGAAAUGAAUGAGAGCUGUUCAGAGCACGCCUUCCAUUCAUUUCAAUGGGGCUUGCACACACACACACACACACACACACACACACACACGCACACCCCAGUGGAUUGUACCCAAUGGAAAUAGAGUAAAUCUGAUCACAAGUAGACGGUGCCGUUAUACUUUCCUAAUUUUGUGAAGAGAUGUGGUUCUAUGUAGGUUUUGUUUACUUUAACCUAUCCAACUUAUAAACAAGCCCUAGUUUAUUAUUAAAAAUGGUUUCAGAUUCCACUCAUGCCUCCUGGAAUGUAAUAUCCUCCUGAGAAGGCACUGUAAUGAAAGAACACUUUGUGUAUUGUAAUAUAUAUAUAUAUAUAUAUGUGUGUGUGUGUGUGUGUGUGUGUGUGUGAGAGAGAGAGAGAGAGAGAGAGAGAGAGAGAGAGAUACACACGCACACAUCUAUAAUAUAAGCCUUCUAAAUACUUUAUCGUGUACCUGAAAACUUAACUAUUCUUGUCCAUUUCGCUUUUUUAAAAAGAUGCCUCGCCAAUACUACCAGAAAAACAAGCCAAGCAGCUUUUGAGAACCCGUCGCGAAGACAGACCAAGAAAAGCUGGCUUCCCUGAUGAACCAAUGAGGGUGAUUUUAAUAUUUCACUUAAGUAAAACAGAUGAUUUUGGGUUGUUUGUUUUUGCUGGCUUAUCUUUAAAUGCGACAGAUUCUAAGCAAACCAUUAAAAUCAGCACAAAGCUUCUAUUGUUAAGCUUUUGAACAUUUUUUUGCCAAAAUAAACUCAAGCGGAUCAUUUCUACAAUGGCAUGAUUGAAUGUACCUCUGUGUUCUAUCUAUGCGACUUCUUGCCAUUGCUCUCCAGGUCUGAGAAUCAAUAACUGUACACACCUGCUACUCCAUUCUAACAAAAUGGCUCAGUUUUUAGUUAAGAAAGCUGUAUUUCAUCUGCAGGAAGGGGGCACCAAUCAAGCAAUGCUUUAAAUUAUUGUGUGCAUUAAUGUACAAAGUGAAGGAAAGAAGAGUAUGCACAACAAAUCCUAAUUUUUUAAAAACAACAACGACCCACUAUAAUAUUAAGCCUGUAAUUCUAUAUUUACAUUACUGAUCAUUUUUAGGAACUUAAUAAAAGAGACCAGGAUUCCCCCACCCCCCAGUCGUCUACCCUUUUAGUCUCAUAUAUUCCAUAUGCUUGUCAUUUAUUCAUCUUUACAGACCUUCAACUACCAUUCACACACAGGAGGGACUUUGGUCUUAUAGCAUUCGCUACAAACUGUUGUGAAGCGAGGCCGCAUUACACCAUCAUGUUCUUUUUUCAUGUUGUUUCUGAUUUGUCCGCAAGCCAAGCAACUUGUACCAGAGAGGUAAAGGUAAAGGAAAAGGGACCCCUGACCAUUAGGUCCAGUCGUGGCCGACUCUGGGGUUGCGGUGCUCAUCUCGCUUUAUUGGCCGAGGGAGCCGGCGUACAGCUUCCGGGUCAUGGCCAGCAUGACUAAGCCGCUUCUGGCGAACCAGAGCAGCGCACGGAAACGCCGUUUACCUUCCCGCCGGAGCGGUACCUAUUUAUCUACUUGCACUUUGAUGUUCUUUUGAACUGCUAGGUUGGCAGGAGCUGGAACCGAGCAACAGGAGCUCACCCCGUCGCGGGGAUUCGAACCGCUGACCUUCUGAUUGGCAAGUCCUAGGUUCUGCGGUUUAACCCACAGUGCCACCCACGUCCCGUUUGUACCAGAGAACACUGCCUUAAACGCAAAGCAGGCAUGGGGGGUGGCGAUCAUGCAGUUGACCUCUGCCUUAAUGGAGAUCUAGGUGUCUCUGCGCAGUGUUUUAAAAUGUGCUGUAUUUAUUUACUGAUACUUAAAAACAAACAAACCUGAUUAGGUCUAGAUGCUUUCUUCUUUGUUUAUUAUUAUUUAAUUUUUGAUAGUUUUUAAAAAUUAAUAUUAAAUCAUACUACUUAUAACUAUAAUAUGGAGAUACAUACCGAGAGAAAAUUGAUAGUAGAGAGACAGAAUAGAGUGUUUUUUUCAGGAUGUGAUGCUAAGAAAGAUGGGAGCUGUCCCAGGUGGGAGCUGGGAAGAUGUGGAUCACUGUGUACGGAAGAUUAAGAUACAAAGUUGACAGAAUAUAAAAUUUUGUUUGUGUGUGAGUGUUUUUCUUCUUUCUUCUUUGUCUUUACUCUCUUUUUUCAUUUUUUAUUAUUUUGUUCUCUUUAGAUAGCAGCUUAGUUUGGUUUUUAUUGUAUUAUACGUUGAAAACCUUUAAUAAAAUUGAGUUUAAUGAAACAGAUUCAGGUAGGUAGCCGUGUUGACAUGCUGACGCAGUCGAAAUAAAUUAAAUAAUUGUCCAGUAGCACCUUAGAGACCAACUAAGUUUGUUCUGGGUAUAAGCUUUCGUGUGCAUGAACACUUCUUCAGAUACACUGAAACAGAAGUCACCAGACCCUUAUAUAUAGUGGGAGGGUGGGGUGGGGUUUUUCUCAUAAGGGUAGUACCAGAAAUGUGCAAAUGUGUAGGUUCCUGGAGAGAAGAUUGGGGCUGUUUUGCUCCUCCUCCAGUUCUACUGCUCUAUAGUGAGCUAAGCUAUGGUUUGGCUUAGCGUUUGUCUCACUACACAUGAACGGUGAGGGAUAAGUCAUAGAACAAACCUACAGCUUGUUGUUUGCCUGAAGUGAGAUAAACCACAAGCCUGAGUUCAGACACAUCACUAAGCCAUGGCUUAGUACAGUGGUACCUCGGGUUACAGACGCUUUAGGUUACAGACGCUUCAGGUUACAGACUCCCCUAACCCAGAAAUAGUACCUCAGGUUAAGAACUUUGCUUCAGGAUGGGAACAGAAAUCGCUUGGUAGCGGCGCGGCGGCAGCAGGAGGCCCCAUUAGCUAAAGUGGUGCUUCAGGUUAAGAACAGUUUUAGGUUAAGAACGGACCUCCAGAACGAAUUAAGUUCUUAACCCGAGGUACCACUGUACAUAGUAGCAGCAGGGCAAAAGGAAGAGAAGCAGCUGUGAUCUCUCUGAGAACCUGCAUGUUAACUCAUUCGUGCUAAACCAUAGUUUGGCUUAGCCUUACGUGCAAACUGGGUCAGUAAGUUUGCUGUUAGCAUAUACUAUGGGUAAAGCAACAGUUACUCUAAGGUGGUUCAGUACAUCUAACCAACAGACUCAGUGGCCCAUCUCUGAGUGGCUUUAAAAAAUACUUUCCUUUAACAGGAAUACCUGCUUUACCUCCAGCAACUGGAACAGAGAUCUGAAGAACAAUUCUUUGAGCACUGGCUGAAUCCACACUGCCUCCCUCAUUGCAACAGGAAUAUAGUUCACCCGGUGUAAAAGGGUCAGUUCCUUUCUGAAUGACAGCAAGCCUUCUUUUCAUUUUUAACUAUUUCUUUCGGGGCAGAAACCUCAUUUUGCAAUGCGGUGUUGUGAUAACAUUUCCCAAUAUUUCUUCCCAGAUCAUCCUUCUGUGUGGGGGAAAAGAAACCGUCAACGUUAAAUGAGACAAGAUUCACCUAGUACUGUCUAUGCCAGUAGAACAUCCAAGGCUUGGGUGUUUUUGGAGACUAAUCUGCUACUUAGCUGAGCUUUCUUGGUAACGACGAUAAGCACUUCAUUUUGAUGAAAAAGCACAGGUAUACAUUUGUGCAAUCUCCCAGGCCUCUAUCUCUCUCUGAAACAUGGAAUCGUGAUUUCUAGUUUAGAAAGCGGUAGGUUCCUUAGACAUCCCUAAGAAUUCUGUUGCUAUUCUUGUUCUUCAAAAUGCAGCCACCUGAAGUGGUUUAAGUCAGCAUCUGUGCAUCUGUUUUUAAGUCAACAACCUCAGCGGCCAAGGACCAUAGCUGUCAACCUUCCCCUUUUUUGCUGGAAAUUCCCUUAUUCCAGCACCGUUUCCCGCUGCUUCCCGCUGCUAUCCCGGAUUGUUAGAUAUCCCGUAGACUGUCCCUGAGGCUGCUGAUCCCUUAUUUUCGAGGCUGCUGUUCCCUUAUUUCCAAAUCUGAAAGUUGACAGCUAUGCCAAGGACUUCCUGUACCCCGGCAUAGUUUCCUUCAACUGCAAUGCUUUGCCCAUUGACUUGGGAGCAAGUUCCUUUGAACUGAGCAUUCCUGGAUUGCUCGGUUGGUUAGAGCGCCUGGUGCUGAUAAUGCCAAGGUUGCGAGUUUGAUCCCCAUAUGAGACAGCUAUUUGGACUAGAUGAUCCUCAGGGUCUUUUCCAACUCUACAGUUCUGAUUUUAUGCAGGGAACUGGGCUGCAUCCUUCUCCCAUCCCUGCUCAUUCUUUACCAAUUAUAAUGUAUAAUCUGAUCUGAUGCCUGAUUUGGAACUGAAUCCUACCCAGUUUAAUAAAAUGUAAUCCCAGAGAAGAUGGGCAUCUUAAUGAUCUAUACUGCCUCUCUAGCAAGACCAGAUGCAAAAGAAGGCAGGACCCCGUACCCUUACUAGUUGCAUAGAAGCGGGGAUUUCAGCAGGUGUAGCUUGUUAACGGAAAAAUCCGAGGGCUCCCUUGGACAAAAACAAAGACACCAACCAGGAUUAUUUGGAGCAAAACAGCAGCCUGUAGGCUUGGCCUUUAUUGAUCUGUUGCAACAGGGUGCUCCCUUCACCUGCAGGAGAGAGGAGGGACCCAGAAAAAUGGCAUGCAAGGCCUUAUAAAGACUUUUAAAAUUCCCACCCUGUAGAUCAAGACCACCCCCAGAAACAUCAUACAUACAUCACAGAAGGGGUGUAACCUAAGACCACCCCUCAGAUACAUCACACCUACAUCACAGAAAAGGCGGUCUAAAACAGAAAUUUUAAUAUUGGUUUUUUUUCUCCUGCCCUUGUUUAUCUCCUGUCUGGCAGGUUACUUGAUUGGAUUUCCUGGGUAGCCUGGCCAGUCUUUUGUAAUGAUAAAUACUUAGUUCCUGGGCCAUGUCACAGGCUCACACCCUAUUCAAACACAGACAUACCCUUAAGACAGGAUUUGUGAAGGAAAAGACAAUGGGGAGGCUUUUCCAUUUUGACCUUGCAGAGAAAAGAUUUGGCCAGUUUAGGAAUCAAAAUGGUUCCAGGUUGGCCUUCCUGUGCUGAUCUAUGUAUGUGCUUGGUUGGUACACUUAUGAACAUUACCAUAUAUCUAAGACUUCAAAAUUCCUAUCGCAAGCUUAAAUGGCAAGCAGACCCACUGAAAUCACCUCUUCUUCUGCACAACUAGUAAUGGUGUAGAAGCCCUGUCCAUUUUUUCACCUGGCUGCCCUCCCCCCACUCCUUUUCUGCUACUUCUAUUUGUUUGUUCCCCUCAGUUUCUCUCUCUUUUUUCUGAUCUUAAGUUCCGUUCUCCGCACUUCCGCAGCAAUGUGCAUAUUUUUGUUUUAAAAUCCCCACGAAGAUUCGUCGUCUCAUUGCAAACUUCUCCUAAUGCACACAUAUUUGAACGCAGUUUUGACUGAUCUACACUUUUUUUUUGAAUGCCAUUUCCUCCAGUACAAUGCCUUUUUCUGCACAUCAUAUGGUCCUUCAUUAUUGUGGAGAAGUGCACAUUUUGAAGGGUUUUUCUCGUGUAUCAGUUGGGCAGUAUAAAUAGGGUAGUUUCUAAUUAAAACAGCUUGUGUCCUCAGAGAUGUCCUUUCAAGAAUGCAAGUUUGUGUGUGCCCACACACAUAUUUCCUCGAAGUUGAGGAAUACAUAGCUGCAAUUUUGUUCCAAAUGUCAGAAACUUCCACUUUAGGGUAGAAAAGGAAAUUGGAAGCUUUCACUAAUAAGUAGCCACAGGGGCAAAUAACGUAGUGGAUUUGGAAGAUGAGCUGAAUGACAGUAGUUUUGCUAAUUACUUUGUAAUUAAAUGCAACCAUUUGCUCAGCAUUAGCUUUCUGUUAAUUGCCUC